AAAAUCCAACAAGAGAGAGAGAGAGAGAGAGAGAGAAUUUAGAGAGAGAGAGUGCAAAUUGUGAGUUACUUUUUGAAAAGUGGAGAAACCAUUGCAUAAUUGUCAUACAGUGAUAUACAUAUAUAUGUAUAGAUGUAUAUUUACACAGAUAGAUAUAUAUAAUACAGCUGUGAGGCUGUGGGGCUUUCGUAUUCGUGGUAGGGACGGGGUUAUCGCCACGAGAAAAAAUCGUCUCCUUCUCUUUCUCUCUCUAUCUCCCGCUUUCCCGCUUCUUCUUUUCUUGAAUCUCAUCUCCAAAUGAAAGAGAAGUGAAAAGAAACACACACAAAGAUAGAGAGAGAGAGAGAGAGAGAGAGAGAGAGAGAGAGAGAGAGAGAGAGAGAGAGAGAGUUUAGAGAGAGAAACAGAGUUUUGAGUGUACUUAUUAGGAAGGAGUGGUUAUGUGGAGAAGAAGAAGAAGAAGAAGGUGAGUGUGGAAAUUAUGGACACUCCUGAGAGGAACAAGAUCGGAACUCCCGCCUCCAAAUUCGAGGAUUCUCCAGUAUUCAAUUAUAUCAAUAGUCUUUCUCCUAUCAAGCCGGUUAAGUCCCUUCACGUCACUCAAACAUUUAGCUCUCUUAGUUUUGCGUCUCUUCCAUCGGUUUUCACUUCACCCCAUGUCAGUUCUCACAAGGAAUCCAGAUUCAUCAGAAGGCACAGCUCUUCAGAUCCAUUGAAGCCCGAGAUUUCUUCAGAAAAUGGAAAUGCAGCCUGUACGAGUGAGGGGGUUGGUGUCGAUCCGGCCCAGCUUUACAACAACUCGGCUGAGCAACAUGAAAAUUGCGAUUCAGGGGUUGAUAUUGGAGCAGUUUCUGUUGACCCACAUAAUGAAGGUUCAAAAUUUGUUAUUGAACUGCCGCAUACUUUAAAGUAUGAUUGUGGUAGCCCCGAUGAUUGUGUCUCAACACCUUGUGGUGUUGAGGCAGAUUUUGCAUUGAAGUUGGUCGAUCCAUCGGCAUCCCUUGAUCCUCACGUUCAAGAGGUCCGUGAAAAGGGUUCAUCUGAUGGUGAAACUCAAUACCAUGAAAUGUGCCUGAGUGAGCGGAAAAUUGACGGGGCAGUAUGUGAUUGGGAGAGUUUGAUUUCUGAUACGGCUGAUAUUUUGAUUUUCAAUUCACCUAAUGGUUCAGAGGCUUUUAAGGGAUUGAUUCAGAAUUCUCUAGAGCCUGUAACAAGAUAUUGUUCCUCUCUUGCUGUAGAACUGAGUGGCAUUAACAAUGAGCAUCAUAUGCAAAUUGUUGAUCCAGUUAGUUCUGAACAACAAAACGGAGAAGUACCCUCUUCUGAGAUCAGGGAUUGCAGUCGGCUGAAGGACAUUGGACAAACAUGCAUGGCUAGUGAUCCUGGUGAAACAAAGGAUAAUGAAGCCGAAACCUAUGUCGCAUUUUCUUGUAAGUCCGUUUUCAGCUUGCAUCGGGGUAUGCGAAGGCGCUGUCUAGAUUUUGAGAUGGCAGGAGCUCGUAGGAAGAAUUUAGGUGAUGGUUCAAGUAGUAGUUCUGGUUUAUCUCAACCUGAUGAGAAGAUUACCACUAAUGAGAAGCAACUCGGUCCUCUUAGACCUUGUGGUGAUUCCUCAAGACACGUGUUACCUGGAAUUGGGUUGCACUUAAAUGCUCUCACAACAACCUCAAAGGGGAACAAAGUCAGAAAGAGUGACAAUUUGUCUUCUGGAAUUCAUAUAAGGCUGCCUAAUUAUGCUGCUUCCAUCCAUUCUCCGAGAGCUGGUCAAGAAGCUCUUGAUAAAUCCGAAACUCCAGCUUCUUCUAUAAUCGACACAAAUGCGGCAGAAAAUGGGGUCCAGCUUUUGCAAGAUGCAUCUCAAGCGCCAGGAUCUCUAGCUAGUGAAGAUUUCAACCAAAACAGCCCCAAGAAAAAGAGGCGUAAAUUGGAAAAUGCUGGAGAGACUGAGGGCUGCAAGCGUUGUAACUGUAAGAAGUCAAAAUGUUUGAAACUUUACUGUGAAUGCUUUGCAGCUGGUGUGUACUGCAUAGAACCGUGUUCUUGUCAAGAAUGUUUCAACAAGCCUAUUCACGAAGACACCGUCCUUGCAACUCGCAAACAGAUCGAGUCUCGCAACCCACUUGCAUUUGCUCCUAAAGUGAUUAGGGGCUCUGAUUCUGUUCCUGAAUUUGGGGACGAGUCCAGCAAAACCCCAGCUUCAGCUCGGCAUAAACGAGGAUGCAACUGCAAGAAAUCUAAUUGUCUAAAGAAGUACUGCGAGUGCUAUCAGGGCGGAGUCGGAUGUUCCAUUAGCUGCAGAUGUGAAGGGUGUAAGAAUGCAUAUGGUAGAAAGGAUGGAUCUUCUGCUUUAAUAGGAACUGAAACCGAGCAAGAUGAAGAAGAAACAGAAGCAUGUGAAAAGAGUUUGGUGGACAAACCUUCACAGAAGAUUGACAUUCACAACAACGAAGAGCAGAAUCCCGGCUCUGCUCAUCCAAUGACACCAUUACGGAUGUCCAGAUCUUUGGUUCCACUGCCAUUCUCGUCAAAGGGCAAACCGCCGCGUUCUUCAUUUCUUACUGUGGCAUCAUCCUCUUCUGGAUUAUACAGCCAGAAACAUGGAAAACCGGGCAUCCUUCGGUCUCAACCAAAAGAGAAACACAUGCCGACAAUUCCAGAUGAUGAAAUGCCGGAGAUUCUCCGUGGGGACGGUUCUCCGACCACUGGCAUCAAGACUGCUUCUCCCAACAGUAAGAGGAUUUCUCCCCCUCAUUGCCACUUUGGAUCGCCUAGUCGAAGGAGCGGCCGGAAACUGAUACUUCAAUCUAUCCCUUCGUUUCCUUCCCUCACUCCCCAGCAUUGAGGACUGAGGUUAUG